UCUCCCGCCUACCAGCAAGCUGCGCACACACACACACACACACACACACAGCCCUCCUAUGUUUGUCAGACUCAAAUCCGAGGGAGAGGAGCUAGCCGCCAUUUUCUAAGCGUCUCUCCCUAAAACGAGAGAAAAAGGCUCGCGACAAAACUACCAUCUGGAUUACCUUUCGCUUACUGAGAAUCGGAUUUUUUGGUGUAUGAUUGCCGCAAAAUCGCCUACAUUUGAAGUAAAUCGGAGUAUAAAGGAGUGUUUCACGGCCUUGUCUUUAUAUUCGCUUGUGUUGGCGGCGAGGCGAGCUAGCUUGGUCGAGCAAGGUGUAGACCCGAAUCCGGAACGAAACCCGAGCGGCUCUGUGAACUGGGCCUAUUUGGGGCAAUCUGGUUGCUUUAUUUUUGGAUUAAUUAAUGGCAGAGUGAUCGAUUCGAGCCGCGUUUUUUUGUGUUCGAGCCCUUGGGUUUUUUCCACUAAACUGCAGGGGAUUGUUGCCGAAAUUCCCUCGGAUAGUGCAACCUCGUCACGUGGCUGUCCUCAGGUGGGGCAGUAAGCGGGUGGUGUGGAGCAGGCCGCGGUGCCCGUCCCUCUGCACUGCAUGGCUGCGAUGGCGCCCGCUCUCACCGACGCCCCAGCCGAAGCUCACCACAUCCGCUUCAAACUGGCUGCCCCAUCCUCGAGUCUCUCACCGGCCAGUGCAGAGAACAACGGUAACGCCAGCAACAUCCUCAUCCACAGCAGCGGCCCCGCAAAGUGCAAGGCCGUGUCCGAAGAUUGCCCUCUUGACUUUUGUGGCGGCGACCAGGAACAGCAGCAACAGCAGCCCCAAGCCGACUCUGUGGCUCAGGCCUCGGCCCUGGGAAAGCUCCAGCCACUGGUGGCUUCUUACCUGUGCUCUGAUGUGACACCUGUCCCUUCAACUAAGGAGUCAAUCAAGCUGCAAGGAGUCCUCAUCAAACAGUCGGUGUUGAAAAGCCACAUAAUACUGCCCGGCUCCCUGCUCAACGGCGGAGGAGACUUCCUGUUGCGGAAGAGGCAGGCGAUCGAACUCUCUGGCGGCCAGCUCAAAAGCCUCAUGAGCGGCAGCACGAACGGAGGAGGCCAGCCCAUGGCACCUGUCAAUGGCCUGGCCAAGAAACUGGUCACUAUGUCUGGCCCUGGCUGUGUGGUGGCAGUGAAUGGUGACAAGCCGUCUGCCACCACAGACCCUCAGUCCCAGAACCUGCCCUUGGACUCUGAGACCUUGACAGCGACCUUAUCGGGGAAUAUCCCGGUAAAAGGAACCCCUAAACAGAAGCAUUCCUCUGGGGUUUCUCAAAAUACAGAUGGAAAAAACCUCGAACCACCAGUGCUCCAGUCUGCUGCACUUUCCCCCUAUACCCAUGACAACCCUAACGCCACUGGACAAGUGAAUUUGGACGAGGCUGAUUCACACACGCCUACCAGUCAGCCCCAGGGUUGUGAUAGGGAGAGACCAGGUAGCAGCCAGCAGGGCUCCCCGUCUUGCACACCUGCCCCACGGCCUCCUCUUCCCUGUACUUCUUCCUCGGACAGCCUUGAUGCUCACGUUAAGGAGCGCACCCUUCUCAACAGCAGCCGCCAAUCUGAGAUUGAAAGCCGGCUGCGGCGCCUGCGCAAACGUCUUCAGGUUGUACAGGCCAAACAGGUGGAGCGGCACAUUCAGCAGCAGCUGGGUGGCUUCUUGGACUCAGCUCUCAGCCGGCUUUUGGCCGGUAACCGCAAAUCGGAGACGGCAACCCCCACGGCUACAUGGAGGACGGGACGCCACUCUUCCUCGAACAACAGAGAUGGCCUCGGUCGCUUCCUGAAAAGCGGCUCCAUGCCUUUGGAGCUGGAGAGGUUGUAUCUGAGUGGAUCGGCCAACCUUCAUUCAGCAGAAAGCGCCUUUGACUCUGAUGUAACAGAAAGUAGCUCUGGAGGGGACUCUGACCUGGAGGAGGAGGAGCUGUCCAGAGUGGACAUUGAGCAGCGACAUGUCAAAAUAUGGAAGCGGGCAGAGAGCCGCUACACUGUGGAGAGAGCUGCCAUCAUCAGCCACUGGAACUGGCUCCAGGCCCACAUCUCGGACUUGGAGUACCGCAUCCGACAGCAGACCGACAUCUACAGACAGAUCCGCGCCAGCAAGGGCUCAGUGGAGCUGGGAGGUUUUCCCCCCAGUGGUGGGACAGCAGGUGGAACAGAAGUGAAGACAGAGCCUGUAAAUACUCAGGAUGUUGGUUCAGAACGGCUGGAGCACGCGGCCGCCGCCCACAUCUCCAACACAGAGCCCGGCCCUUGGAAAGGUCAAAACGCACAGCCCGUUAACGGCGUCCUCAGCAGGAUGGCAGAGAGUGUGGACACCAAGCACCAGCAGCCAUCGGCCUACGACAGCACGUGUGUGGCUGCGCGUACGCGACCGCUAGUCAGCUGUCGCCGACGACGGCUCAUUCAGCCCAACACUGUGCCCAACCUUAACGGAAAGGCCCAGAGAAGCAGCUGUGUCCAGUGUAACUGCAGGGUAAACCCCAGCUGUGUGAUGUGUGGUGGCUGGCCCACCCCCAGAGAGGACCCUCAGUAUGAGUUGCCCAACCUGGAGCGCCUGUCGAGACUGGAUCCUGGCGUCCACCCCAUCCUCUCCUUUCCUGACGAUGUUUGUAUAGGCCUUCGUCUGCAGCAGGUGAUGAAGAGCCAGUGGCAGACCAAGUCGCUGGAGAGGAGCAAACCACUGAAGAAGCUCUCCCUCAAACACAAGCUGUCCUCGUCCAAAGAGAAGCACAAGUUCACCAACUCGCUUAUGGCAGUCAGUGUUGCAGGACUGAGCCACUAUAAGAACCGCGCUGAGAAGCAGAGGACAGCGGACAGCAGUGUGGGCAGCAGCAGCAGCAGCAGUGCUGUCCUGAACACAGCCAGGCUCGAGGGCCAGGCUGUGUGCAAGCUUGAGCGGCUGCAGGGCCUCUCCACGCCCUUAGGGCCCUACGACAAGAACUACAGCCGCAAGAGAUUACGAGAGCACUCGCUGGACAGGACUGACACCUCCCCCAAACUUUUCCUGGACACGAGCAGCCCCUGCCCAACUCUGGCCAACAUGCACUCGUCCCUUCACAGUCCCCUCACACGCCAGCUGUCCACGUCUUCAGAGAACUCCACACCGCUGGGCCAGAUCCCGGGCACACAUCAGCAGCAGCCAAUCAAGAGGAGGCGAGGGGAAAGCUCUUUUGACAUCAACAACAUAGUAAUCCCCAUGUCUGUGGCGGCCACCACCCGGGUGGAGAAGCUGCAGUACAAAGAGAUUCUCACACCCAGGUGGCGGUCAGUCGACAUCUUCUCUCAACCCAUAACUGAAGAGGAAGACGAACGGGAGGUGGAGGACCUGACAGACGCCGCCUUCACUCAGCUCCAUCAGCCCCACGAGGACCAGGAGCGGUCCCGCUGGACUUGGAUGGCUCUGGCUCCUGCCAAGAGGAGGGGCAGCAGGUCGUACAAAUCUGUGGACGGGCGCACCACGCCGCUGCUGUGCGGGACCAACCCUCCCACCCCCCAGCCUGCGUCCCCAGACCCCGGCCACUGCCCCAUGCUCCACGACUACAGCCACGUGCCGUCGCCCAUGAGUCCAGCCAGCCCCGACACCACCUCCAACCCCCACACACCCUGCUCCAGGGACUCCCAUCGGCUGCUGUCCAGCGAGGACACGCGGUGCUCCACCCCAGACUUCACUUUUGAAGAAAGGACGGUAGCGCCGUGGGAACGCCGCAGCUUCCCUUUGCCAGAGGACCCGGCCCCGGAGCCAGAGCCGGAGGAGGACCACCACAUCAGGCCCAGAAUGCGCAGCAUCUCAGGGUGCCGAACAACGGCCUACGGCCGGCUGGACUCGGACGACAUGGAGCUGCCUUGCGAAGACGACAGCGGCCCCAAACAAAAGGCCUCCGCCACCCACCGAUGAAUGACUGACAGGCUGAGGUCCCCCCCCCCCCCCACCUA